AUCCACUCUUCUGGCAGGGCUGGGGACCUUGGGGCAGGUGGUCUCCCUCCAGAAGAGCCCUGUGUUCAGCCAGCCCCGUCCUCCAGAGCAAGCCCCACAGGUAGCAGAGGUGGGGCAAAGUCAGGGAGGGUAAUGGCUUAGCCACAGGCUCCCAAGCUGGGCAGAACAGGGCAGAGAGCUGGAGAGGGUUUGGCAGUGGGCCCAUGAAUCCAGCCUGGGCAAAGCCCUGCUGUGAGGGACCCCUAGGGACCCCUGGGCCUGCCAGGGAGGAAGGGCUGCCCAGAAAAGGUACUGACUGAAUCCUCCUCGCCGUCUUCUGCCUUGGCUGGCACAGGCCCCAAGUGCAGAGGGGGAGCUGGUCAGGCUGGUCAGUCAGGCGUGGGGGCGGGAGGCAUGUUUCUGGCCUGCUGUCACCAUGGAAAUGGCAGCGGCUGCAGGGUGUGUGUGCAAGGGAGGAGGGUGCUGCCACAGGGAGCCCGGCCAGGGCCACCAUGAAAGCCAGGAGCACCGAGGGCCACUGGCUGGCUCACAAACAUGCCUGGUGCACCAGGCAGAGGAAACAGCCGAGAAGGUGAGCUCCCUGGGUAAGGACUGGCACAAGUUCUGCCUCAAGUGCGAGCGCUGCAGCAAGACGCUGACGCCCGGGGGCCACGCCGAGCACGACGGGAAGCCGUUCUGCCACAAGCCGUGCUACGCCACCCUGUUCGGACCCAAAGGCGUGAACAUCGGGGGCGCGGGCUCCUACAUCUACGAGAAGCCCCUGGCGGAGGGGCCGCAGGUCACCGGCCCCAUCGAGGUCCCCGCGGCCCGAGCAGAGGAGCGGAAGGCGAGCGGCCCCCCGAAGGGGCCCAGCAGAGCCUCCAGUGUCACUACUUUCACCGGGGAGCCCAACACGUGCCCGCGCUGCAGCAAGAAGGUGUACUUCGCUGAGAAGGUGACGUCUCUGGGCAAGGAUUGGCACCGGCCCUGCCUGCGCUGCGAGCGCUGCGGGAAGACACUGACCCCCGGCGGGCAUGCGGAGCACGAUGGCCAGCCCUACUGCCACAAGCCCUGCUAUGGAAUCCUCUUCGGACCCAAGGGAGUGAACACCGGCGCGGUGGGCAGCUACAUCUAUGACCGGGACCCCGAAGGCAAGGUCCAGCCCUAGGCCACAGCGGCUCUCAUGAUGGGGCUCACCUGCGCCCCAGACCCUGCAGGGGCCUCCCUGCCUGGCUCUGCUGGGAGAGUGCUCAGCUGCGCAGUCCUGCCUGCAAGCCCAGGGCGAGUAUUGGAGGAGGGGCAGCCACGGGCAGAGCGCCAUGCCCAUCCCUGAGUCUCUGGUGUGUCUGCCCCCUCUGGCGUCCUAUGACCCCUUCUGUGUCUGCGCGUCCGAAUCCCCGUGUGACCCUGUCCCAGCAUUUUCCCGCCGGCCCUGCGUGUCCCUGUGGCGCUGUCCGCUCUCCCUCUCCUGCUGCCCACCCACCUGCCAGUGUUAUUUAUGCUCCCUUCGUGAGUGAUGGCCACACCCUCACCAUGUCCCUGGCAGAGGGCUUCCCUCCGGGAUCCCCUGCCUGGUGCCCACACUGCCUCGCAAGCGCUCGCCGCCCUCACGUGGCUCACCUGCUGCUGAGCCUUGUGCUGUCAAUAAACGGUUUGAGGAUUGCAGAA